AUGACGAGGCUUCAAGGGGCGUCGCAUAGUGAAUGCGCAGAGAGGACUGCUUAUCACCAUGCAAGACUACCGCCAGGAGCACCAGAUGUGAUCUCUAGACAUACUGUUAAUGUUUCUGACCCUUCGAGAGUGCUUUCUUGGGCCAAAGAGGAGCGACAGCGGAGCUUCAAUCAUCUCGUCAGGAGGUACAAAGCCCAGUUGCUCUAUGGUUGCCAGGAACCGAACUGUAUGACCCCUACGUGUCUAAGCUUCCGCCGCCGAAAUACCAAAGCCCCGCUCCGCAGGUUUACAGAUCUCAGUGCUAGGACAGUUGCGUGCUACCUGGCCAGUCAAGAUGAUGCAGAAUCUGGGCUUUGUCACUACCCGUCAGCGGCGAUGCCAAACUCACUUGCCCCGGAGAUUGAGCGAAGAGUUCGGCAAACCGAUUCUUUUACUACGGUCGAAUCCGGCCACUCACAUUCACAUCACAGGAGACACAGUGUGUCGGGAAAUAAACCAAAGAGGGCAUCUAACUCCGCUCCAGUUGCAUCGGAUGCUCCGCAGGGAGCUUCAGACAGCGGCUCAAAAACGAGGAAAGACCCGAAGUCAUUUACACAGAAUCUUUUUGACACCCUGUCGCUGCGUAUGGUAGAAUGGCUGCCUCUUAAACGAACUACAUUCUAUGGCUCUCGAUCUAACGAAGAAUCGAAUUCUACUCCAACUGCUUCACAUCUAGAAAACCAGAAACCAAAUGUGAAGCGUCAUUCGCCUAUUGCGACGUCUGACGAUACGGGUGGCUCUGACUCCAAGGCAUAUCUAUCAUCUACCCAGUCAUCUCCUUCAAUGAAUCACAUUCCGUCAACACUAGAGGUGAAAGUUCCGGGACACCCUGUCAAACGUUUAUCGCUUGAACCAUUGGAGCCUUGGAAACAAACCCAGCGCUCUAUGACAGACGAUCGAUCAAAGUCCCAACGAAAACGGUCUAAGAAUGCCUCCAUAAAUAGCACCCCUACUACAACCGCUAAUACAUCACAACCUCUUCCUUCCCCGCCAGCAUUGCGACACAGGCCCCAAAAGCACCGCCGCAUGGCCGAUGGUACAUCAAAAACCAAUCCGCAUGUUUCAUGGGGCGACCAAAGUACCGUACGAUGGCCAAAGUUAGAAUCAGGUGGUGACUCGCCUACUGAGCCGACAAUAGAUACAUAUUUCCCUCUCGAGCGGCAAGGAUUAGCACCGCAAGCAAAAGAUGACAAAGCGGACGAUCCCCCCAGCGUACAAAGUCUGUCCCACUUCUCAAAAGAAAUUGUUGAGUCACUGGAGACGAUAAUGUUUGAGACAGAAAAUGAUGAACAAACGUGGAAAUACGAGAUAUCCCAGUUAGAAUCUAUGGGUUAUUCCGAGCCGUGGGAGUGGAAGUAUGCUACUCAUCAGCAGAGAGCAGUAUUUCCUUUCAUUGCGCAGAGCGUAUUUUAUGUUUUAGGCAAUCCACGACAAUUGCUCCUUUCUUUUCGAGAUGGCUCCAGCAACACGCCUACGUCCCCCCGAUUAGACAUUAAUUCUCUAGAAGACACGUUUAGGAAAUUGCAUCGUAUAUGCCCCUGGGAAACAACACUCCACAGCCUAUGGCUCAGCAUGGAAAAGCUCUUUAACCCCCCUGUAGAACUUCCUCUCCCUAAAAUGCAGCGUCGGCAUUCCAAAACAAUGAAUCCAACAACUCCUACCUCUCCAAGAUUCGAGCCGCCAAGGGUUAAUGAUUACAUUUCGGAUUCGGACGCUGCUUACAUAGCUGUUGUUGCCAUGCUCGCCUUAUCCAGUACAAUUCCUCGCACAGAUAACCAGACAUGGGAGAUCAUUCGCCAAGUCAGAUCAUGUGGAGCUGUGAUGCCGGACUCUGUGAUGAGAAAACUUUCCAGGUCACAGUCUAAGGCCGUAAUUGAAGCUUCUGAUAGAUUCGAGCAUGACUUAGGACUUCGCCUGCUAAAAAGGUUAGCACGCGUUAUUUCAACUCGCCUUGCCCUCCAUGAGGUAUCCAAAGCGAAGGCAUCGCAUAUUACGGACCUGGGAAGCAAUGAUAAAUGUGAACUUAUAGAGCAAAUUAUUUCCACUCUUCAACGGUCUCAGAGGGCCUCAUCCAGCGCUAAUGGCAAUGAGGGAUCAUGGCCCACCGAAAGGAAUCUUACUACAUCCAUGGUGGUUGUAGAGUGGCUAAGGACGAUUUUGCUCAAAGAAUGGGACGGCAAACCGGAGUUGUCAAAAGCGAGCGCCGCCGGUGGUGCUUUACAGCUUCUCGGUUUUCUAUAUAGAGACAGAAGCAAACUUGGAUUACUUCCAGAGGAUUUUCACACACCAUUCUUUUCGGAAAGAUUAGACCCCCUUGAAAUGCCCACUGAGUGGGUAGACUUACUCUACAACAACCGGACGGUACAUUUGCUUUCCUGCUCAUUUAUAUUCCCUCCAUCAGCCUUGGUCGUAUAUUUCCGAGCAAUAAAUCAUGCGACCAUGUCCAAAUCAUUUGAGACUGCUGUGAUCACGUCCAAGCACGUAACUGCGAUGGCGUUUUCUGGCACUGUCUCCAUAGAUGAUGAUAUUGCUCUGCUUGCACGAAUGAGGACCGCCCUUACCACAUUCCUGGUUAUAAGCGUACGACGGGAACAUGCUUUAGUAGAUGCUCUGGAUCAGCUAUGGAGAAGAGAACGGCGGGAAUUGCUACGGCCAUUGAAAGUUCGGAUGGGAAUGGAUGAUGGUGAAGAGGGGGUGGACCAAGGCGGUGUUCAGCAAGAAUUCUUUAGGAUAGCGAUAUCAGAAGCACUGGAUCCUGCCUUUGGAAUGUUCACUGUCGACAGCCGGAGUGGCAUGUACUAUUUUCAACCUUGCUCCUUUGAGCCACUCUAUAAGUUCGAGCUUCUAGGCCUACUGGUCUCUCUCGCACUCUACAAUGGUGUAACACUCCCAGUCGACUUCCCGAUCGCAUUAUAUAGGAGGCUUCUUGGCCUCAAAGUGAAAAAUACCGACCAUAUUCGGGUUGGCUGGCCUGACCUUGCUAAGGGACUAGAUGAUCUCUUAACUUGGGAGGAUGGCGAUGUGGGGGAUGUCUUUAUGCGGACGUAUGAGUUCAGCUUUAACGCCUUUGGAACUGUCGUCACAGUUGACAUGGAAAGAACUGAUAGAAACGAGCCCUGGCCGGCACCAGAAAGAUACGCUCAGUGGGAAAAGACGAAACAGAAGCUGAAAGACCAGCGGGUUGCUACAAAAAGGUUUACCAGUCACCGUGUUCCCGAUGCAAAUAGCAACAUAUCCAUGCUGAAGGAGUAUUCUUCUGAUUCUCGACAACCUCCACGAGAUACGCAAGUCAUCGGCAUUUUGAAGGGGGCCCCAUCAAGGCUGCCACGGUAUCAAGUAGCCACAGAACCGCAGCCUGAAGCGUCCAUUGUAACGAACGAUAAUCGUAAGCAGUUCGUCAAGGAUUAUAUCUUUUGGCUCACGGACAAAUCUGUUCGUCCGCAGUAUGAGGCGUUCCAGCGUGGGUUUUUUACCUGCCUAGAUCGCACCGCUUUGUCCAUAUUCAACCCUGAAGCACUUAAAAUGGUGCUAGAAGGAAUACAAGAGAUCGACUUGUCCGAACUGCGAAAGCAUGCUCGAUAUGAAGGUGGCUGGGAUGCCAACCAUCCACUAGUCAAAGGCUUUUGGCGCAUUGUGAUGCGGUACUCCCACGAGAAGCGAGGCCGGCUUUUAGAAUUCGUUACUGCCAGCGAUCGUGUCCCAGUCAACGGAAUACCCAGCAUCAUGUUUGUCAUUCAGCGAAAUGGUGUGGGAGAUAGCCGCUUGCCGACUAGCUUAACCUGUUUUGGCAGACUGCUAUUACCAGAGUACUCGUCUACAGCUGUACUUGAAGAAAAGCUAGACAAGGCGCUGGAAAACGCCAGGGGUUUCGGGGUUGCUUGA